AUAAUUAUUGGAAGAAUAGGAUCAAGGUGUUUAUGCUUGCUAAUGAACCUAAGGCAUGGCUUGUGACUAUGAAUGGUUCAUAUGUGCCUAUAAAAGUUGUUAGAGAUAUUAAGGUGCCAAAAGAAGAAAUUGAAUGGACUAAUGAGGACUUGAAGAAGAUCAAGAUCAACAAUAAAGCAAUCAACAUACUUCAAUGUGCUCUCAAUCCAACAGAAUUUAAUAGAACAUCUAGGUUUGAUACAACUAAGGAGAUUUUGGACAUGUUGGAGAUAACAUGUGAAAGGAUGAAUCAAGUGAAGGAGCCAAAAAUCAAUAGACUUAUUCACAUGUUUGAGCUCUUUAACAUGAAGCCAAACGAGAACAUUGGAGAUAUGUACACAAGGUUCAAUGAUACAGUCACCAAUCUCAAAGCGCUUAGAAAGCUUGAUGCACUUAUUGGAUCCUUGAUGACAUAUGAGAUUGAUAUCCAACAUGAUGAUGAAGUUGAGGUGGUUGAGAAGAAAAAGAAUGUUGCAUUCAAGGCUAGUAAACAAAAAGAAGAAAGCAAAGAUGAUGCUAGUGAUGAUGAAGACAUCUCCACCCUCGUCUCUAGAGAAGUGAGAAGAUUCAUGAAGAAGAAGAACUUCAAAAGUAGACUUACAAAAAAGGAUGAAGGAAAGUCUAGCAAAAAGAAUGUAAAGUCUUAUGAAUGCAACAAGAUGGGGCAUAAUAGAAAUGAAUGUCCUCCAUUAAAGAAGGGAAAGAAGAAAGACAAGAUAGGUAUGAAGAAGAAAGCUUUUGUGGCCACAUGGAAUGAUGGUGAGACUAGCUCAAUGAAAAGUGAGAGCUCCUUUAAGAAUGAUGUUGCAAAUCUUUGCUUCAUAGCUUAAGAGGAUAACAACAAUGAUGAGGAGGUAAACUCUAACUUCUCUAGUUGAAUUAAUUGAAGUUCUUUUGAGUAUUCCUAUGAUGAUUUAUGCAAAGUUUUUGAAUGCUCUAUGAAUGAUAUCAAGAAAUUAGGGAAUGAGAAUCUUGCUCUUACUAAAACUAUUUCUUUGCU